CAGUGAUUUGCUUUGCAAACUCAAACCGGUAACUUAAAAUUUAUUCCACACAGAUUUUUAAGAUUAUUUUCGAGAUAUAGUGUGUUUAUAAUGGAUUUAAAAGAUAAAGUGGCGAUUGUAACAGGUGCUAGCGCUGGCAUUGGAGCUGCUACAGUCAAAGCCUUGUUAAAUCUAGGCAUGAAGGUGGUUGGUUUUGCAAGAAGACAAGAAAAAAUUGAAAACUUAGUUGAUAAUCAUAACGGAAAAUUAUUUGCUCGAUGCGUCGAUUUAACAAAGUCCCAAGAUAUUAUCGACGGAUUCGCUUGGGUUACCAAAAAUGUCGGUCCUGUACACGUUUUAAUUAAUAACGCAGGUGUAGCUAUUGCCUCGUCAGUUUUAACGGGACAAUUAGAAACUUGGCAACAAAUCAUGGAUACUAAUUUUAUGAGUUAUGCAAUAGCCUCUAAAGAAGCUGUAAAAAUCAUGACGGAGAAUAAUAUUGACGGCUAUAUCGUCAAUAUUAACAGCACUAUUGGUUAUUAUGAUCCCUGGAUACCUAGUAAUGUUAUGUAUAGGUCUUCUAAAAUCGCAUUAAGAGCUAUGACAGAGAAUGUGCGAGUUGAAUUAGCCAGAAUGAAUAGCAAAAUUAGAAUAACUUCUUUGUGUCCGGGUGUUGUAAAAACAGAUAUUAUUUCUGUGAACCAUGGCGAACAAGCAAGUGAAGCUUUUUAUUCGAAAUUUCCAUAUAUUUUAAGUGAAGAUGUUGCAAACUCGGUUGUUUAUGUUUUAUCCACACCUCAACGUGUUCAUAUUUCUGAGCUUAUCAUAAGACCUACUGGAGAAGAUUUUAAACAAUUUGGUUAGGUUUAUUGUGCAAUUUUUAUGUUUGUAAUAAAAUGUAUUUCACUGUAUUUAAUAAAAAAAUGAUCCAAUAAAAAGAAUGGAAACAAUCAUA